AUGUCUUUCCUCGGCGGCGCAGAGUGCUCGACGGCGGCGAACCCGCUCAGCCAGUUCACAAAACACGUUCAGGAUGACAAGUCCCUACAGAGAGACCGCCUGGUCGGACGCGGACCUGGCGGGCUCCAGGAGGGCAUGCGAAGCCAGCAGAUGGGCGGUGGUUCGGAUGGAAUGAUGAACGAAUUCAUGCAGCAGAACGCGCAGCUCCCACAAGGUCAUGGGCCCGCGUCACCGUUCGCGAUGGAGCAUAUGCGGAGAGAGCUGGAGCGCGUGCAACACAGUGGAUCGCCGGCGUGGGCAGCAGAGUUCGACCCGGGGAUGCAGGCCUCGAACAUGGGACCGUCGAUGCAGGAGAGACCAGCAGGCUUCAGUCCCGCCGACUUUGCAAAAUUCCAGCAGGCGAAUUCCUCUGCGCGGACGGCAAGCCCUAUGAACGCCUCUCAGCCCUCAAUGAUGGGAUACCAGCCUCCGAUGUACGGCAUGGGAAUGGGCAUGAAUGGCAUGGGCAUGGGCAUGAUGCCGCAGCCAUAUGCGCCACAGAAUUUCCAGCAGCCCAUGCAAGAUUCGGGCAAGGGCAAGGGUCGCAUGGUCGAGCUCGACGACCAGGACUGGGAAGCACAUUUUGCCUCGCUAGAACAGACGGAUAAGCAGGAUCUUGAUGCGCUGGACGAGGAGGCGAACAAGCACAUAGAGGCGGAGCUGAAUGAAAUGGACAGGUCAGUUGAUCUCGAGGCCCCUGACUUCGACGACUUCGAGUCUGUCUGGAAGGGCAUCCAAGCUGAGACUGAACACGCUAGGCAACUUGCCAACGACGAGAACUUUGCCGACGGGAUGAACAUGGGCGACCUGGACCAUUGGGAGGGCUUCGACGGGUUGAACACGCACACUGUUCACAAUCCUGCUAUGGGCGAUUAUCUGUUUGAGCAGGAUAACCUGUUCAAGGACGUCACAAACCCUUUCCAAGAGGGUGUCAAGAUCAUGGAAGACGGCGGAAAUCUGUCUUUGGCGGCACUAGCCUUUGAAGCAGCAGUGCAGAAAGAUCCUACCCACACCGCAGCGUGGACAAAGCUGGGAGAGGCACAAGCACAAAACGAGAAGGAAACACCAGCUAUUCGCGCACUCGAACACGCGCUGAAGCAAGACCCGUCGAAUCUGGAGGCUCUGAUGGGUCUCGCAGUAUCAUACACCAACGAAGGCUACGAAAGCACCGCAUAUCGGACUCUUGAGCGCUGGCUCGCUACGAAAUACCCGUCGCUCAUCCACGAACCCCUCUCCUCCGACGCAGAAAUGGGCUUCACAGACCGCCACCUCCUGCACGAGAAAGUCACGAAUCUCUUCAUUCAGGCCGCACAACUAUCACCAACAGGCGAGCAGAUGGACCCAGACGUUCAAGUCGGCCUAGGUGUGUUGUUUUAUGGCGUGGAGGAGUACGACAAGGCGGUUGAUUGUUUCGGCGCUGCGCUCGCUUCUACAGAAUCCGGCGUCUCGAACUCAUCGUCACAAGUCCAUCUCCUCUGGAACCGACUCGGUGCAACCCUCGCGAAUUCAGGACGCAGCGAAGAAGCUAUAGACGCGUAUUCGCGCGCGCUUGCCUUCCGACCAAACUUUGUGCGCGCCCGUUACAACCUUGGUGUGUCAUGUAUCAACAUCGGCUGCUUUAGCGAAGCGGCACAACACUUACUUGGCGCACUGGCUAUGCACAAGGUUGUUGAGCGAGAAGGUAAGGAGAAGGCCAGGGAGGUUGUGGGUGACGGCGUUUCGGAGAGCCAGCUCGACAACAUGAUCCACCAGAACCAGAGCACAAAUCUUUACGACACACUAAGGAGGGUGUUUGGGCAGAUGGGGAGGAGAGAUCUAUCGGAUAUAGUGGGCCCGGGUAUGGAUGUUGAGAAGUUUCGGGGCGAGUUUGAGUUCUGA